GGCUGAGGUGGUGCGGCUUUAUAUUCUACACUCGGACCCUUCAGGUAGCAACAUACAACACGCAUAACAACACAGGUAGCAACAUACAACACGCAUACCAACAAAGGUAGCAACAUACAACACGCAUACCAACACAGGUAGCAACAUACAACACGCAUACCAACAAAGGUAGCAACAUACAACACGCAUACCAACACAGGUAGUAACAUACAACACGCAUACCAACAAAGGUAGCAACAUACAACACGCAUAGUAAUACAUGUAGCAACAUACAACACGCAUACUAAUACAUGUAGCAACAUACAACAUGCAUACUAAUACAUGUAACAACAUACAACACGCAUACUAAUACAUGUAGCAACAUACAACAUGCAUACUAAUACAUGUAGCAACAUACAACAUGCAUACAAAUACGUGUAGUAACUUACAACACUCAUACCACUCAAGGUAACCACAUACAACACACAUACCAAUAGAGGUAACAGCAUACAACAUGUAUGCCAGUACCAAUAAAAGUUUCAUAUUUUGAUAUGUAAAAUAAAGAUCUACAAGACAAGAUGGUGUAAAUGUAAAUAUGUUGUUGCUACGUUAAUGUAAUGAAGUUGAUAUUUGAAUGUAAUGAUAUUGUUGAUAUUUGAAUGUAAUGAUAUUGUUGAUAUUUGAAUGUAAUGAUAUUGUUGAUAUUUGAAUGUAAUGAAGCUGAUAUUUGAAUGUAAUGAUAUUGUUGAUAUUUGAAUGUUAUGAUAUUGUUGAUAUUUGAAUGUAAUGAUAUUGUUGAUAUUUGAAUGUAAUGGUAUUGUUGAUAUUUGAAUGUAAUGAUGUUGGUGUUACUUGAUUGUAAUGUUUUUUCAAAAAGUUGACGGUCACCAACAACCGGACUCAAAAGGUGACCACCCUGACUCCCAACGCCACGGUCAGCGACAUCACAGUGUGCAGCCUUGAUGAGAUGCAGAGCCACCUGGUCGAGCUGACCGACCCAGGCUGGGCGUCCAAGCGGCACAUCUCGAGGUACAUGUGGACUGAGCAUGCGACACCGGCCUGCCCUACUGCCCCAGAGUAAGGUUAAUUAUGUAGUCAGUGGCGUAACGAAGGGUGGGGCCAGUUGGGCACGUUUUAAUGCAGGGCGUGCCAGCUGGUAUGUUUGCCAUGUCAAAGUCUGGUUUUCACUUACGGUAGUUAACGGUGUUCCUUGUGUUAAAAAAAAUGUCCCGUUUAUCAUGGAUUAGGGCUCUACAGUCUCUGAUCGGAAGGGGCAAAAUAGUCAAUAUCUGACCAGAAGGCCAUAGCCUUAUUACUUAAGUUAGUGGUUUGCUUAUUUUGUUAAGGGGCGUGAAAAAUGAAGAACAAAUGAUAACUUAUGGGAAGUAUUGGUGUGGGGGGGGGGGUGGCGGCACGUGUUUCUUUCAUAAUAAAUUAAGCUAUUAAAAUAAUUGUCCUUUUAUCAUAAGAAUAAGUGUAUCUGGUUUGAAGAGAGGGGGCUACUUAUGGGAAGUAUUGGUGUGUGGGGGGGGGGGCGGCACGUGUUUCUUUCAUAAUAAAUUAAGCUAUUAAAAUAAUUGUCCUUUUAUCAUAAGAAUAAGUGUAUCUGGUUUGAAGAGAGGGGGCAAUCAUUUUGGUGUAAGAUGGCAUAGAUUGUCUACUUAUGUCCUUUACUGAUAAAAAUACGUGCAUGUGGUUUGAAGAGAGGAAGCGAAGCCAUCAUUCGGGAGAAAGAGUCAACAUGACUAUGAUGGAUUAUGUGAAUACGAAUAGGUGGGAGUGUGGGCACGUUUUGGGUCUACUACUCCCUCAGGUCUAUUGUCAUUGUGCAAUAACAGGUGAGGUCAACGCUAUGGUACAGAUAGUAUGGGACACAACGAAAGACUGUACCGAUAGUACGGGACACAACGAAAGACUGUACCGAUAGUACGGGACACAACAAAAGACGGUACCGAUAGUACGGGACACAACGAAAGACUGUACCGAUAGUACGGGACACAACGAAAGACUGUACCGAUAGUAAGGGACACAACGAAAGACUGUACCGAGAGUACGGGACACAACGAAAGACUGUACCGAGAGUACGGGACACAACGAAAGACUGUACCGAGAGUACGGGACACAACGAAAGACUGUACCGAGAGUACGGGACACAACGAAAGACUGUACCGAGAGUACGGGACACAACGAAAGACUUCGCAGGAAAUGCGCACUUUGAAGCUUUACAGAUUAAGAGACAUAAAAUACAUUCUUAGUCGUAGCUCAAAUCUGUGUCUGAUAAGACAAUUACGAUCAACAUCUUUCCUGCAGGAUCGAAUCUGUGUCUGAUAAGACAAUUACAAUCAACAUCUUUCCUGCAGGAUCGAAUCUGUGUCUGAUAAGACAAUUACAAUCAACAUCUUUCCUGCAGGAUCGAAUCUGUGUCUGAUAAGACAAUUACGAUCAACAUCUUUCCUACGAGCAUCGACUUGAAUAGAGGACCAUUCUCUGGCUUUGACAUUCGCGUGUUGAGAGUUGAUAGAUCAGGCUCUGCAGGUGAGUGGCCCAAUAGAUCAGGUUCAGGUGAGUGGCCCAAUAGGUCAGGUUCAGGUGAGAAGCCCCCAAGAUCAGGUGAGUGGCCCAGGAACCAGAGCAUUGUUUUAAGAUGUACAUCCAGACGACAACUGGGCUGUGAAGGGAGUCACGGCUUGAAUCUAACCAAGGAUAUAUUUAGCAGACGAUAGGUAACUGACGAUAUGUAGCAGACGAUAUGAAGCAGACGAUAUGUACCAGACGAUAUGUACCAGACGAUAGGUAGCAGACGAUAGGUAGCAGACGAUAUGUUACAGACGAUAUGUAGCAGACUAUAGGUAGCAGACUAUAGGUAGCAGACGAUAUGAGAGAGCUUGUGAAAGGAACAAACAACAAGUCAAACGUAGCUAUGCCAUGUUUGCCAAUAUUAGUUGCAGUUGUCACUUUUGCUCCAUCGGUGGGAGGGAAGAACUCUUGUCUGAUGGAUUUAAUGAACGCAGCCUCAACAUUGAACCCAAACCAAGAAAUGCAUCUGCAUUAUGUCCUACCUUGUUCAAUAGAUCAACAACAACACCCAGGCCCUUCCCACUUUCUAACAAACACACAAUGGCCGGUAAACAUAGCGCCCACGGCAAGAACUUUUCUUUUUUUUUAUAUUUUUUUUUUAAGAAAAAAAAAAAAGAUCAAUCAGGGGAGGAAACUAUAUUUAAUCUCAAAUUCAUUUCUAUUCCCAGUUAUAUACCAUGCAAAGAAAAAAGUCAAAAUACUUAAAUGCUAUCGGAAUACACUAUAUACGUAAACGUUUAUAUAUAUAUAUAUAUAUAUAUAUAUAUUUACUUGCUGACAGUGUCCAGGACCACUGAUUUUUAUUUACAAAUGGUAUGAUUAAAACUCCAUUUGAUAGAAGUCAGGAGUUCUAAAUUAUUUAGCGAAGUCAGUAAACAGCUUUGCAUGUUGUGCAAUGUCAGAAAAAUAAUUAGUACGUGGUUGUGUGAAGUUAAGCUACUAAUCAGUACAUGUGCUGUGCAAAGUUAAGAUACUGAUCAGUAUGCAUGAUGUGCAAAGUCAAUAUAGUCAUCAGUGUGCAUAUUGUGCACAAAUAAGAUAUGCAUGUUGUGCAAAGUUAAAAUACUUAUCAGUAUGCAUAUUGUGCAAAGUUAAAAUACUUAUCAGUAUGCAUGUUGUGCAAAGAUACUUAUCAGUAUUCAUGUUGUGCAAAGAUACUUAUCAGUAUGCAUGUUGUGCAAAGUUUAAUACUAACCAGUAUUUCCCCCCCAGAACAAGAUGGCUUCCAAGACAAUGAGCUCAACAAUAAUACUAAUCCUAAUCCUAAUGCAUAUGUGUUCAGCACCCCUGGGGUCUCUGCAGGGUUUCUCACCAAAAACGAGCAGCAGAAGUUUGUCAUUGGUCUGGAGGAG